CAUGUCUCUCUCUCUCUCUGUGUUGUGGCACAGCAGCACCCUCCUGCCUAAAUAUCAGGUGUUUAUAAAUAAGGAAGAAGAAUUUCUCUCGGCUGCUGGAGGACCAACCAGGGCCGGAGGCUAAGAGCCCAGUGCAUUCCUGUGUGCCCCCACCUCUCCCUGGGCUUGGCAACCAUGCCAGGGCUCCUCAUGUCCCUGCAAAACCGGAGCCUGCCUGGAACUCUGGGGAGGUGGUGGAGAGUCUGGGGCAGUUGUUCCAUCACAGUGCCCGGGGGUGGAAGGAAAGGGGUGUGCAGUGGAGCCAGGCUUCCUGGGUGGCCCCGGGUGCCGACCCAGUGGGUGUUUGCAAAGGGGAUCCGGAGCUGGGCAGCGGUUCCCCCCUUGGCCAUGGCAGCUAAGGUGGAUUUGACAACCUCCACUGACUGGAAGGAGGCUAAAUCAUUUCUGAAAGGGCUGAAUAACAAGCAGAAACGAGAGCACUAUUUCACCCGGGAUUUCAUCAAACUGAAGCAAAUACCUACGUGGAAAGAGAUGGCCAAAAGCGCCCGGGUCAAGCAACCUGAAGAGACAGUUUACCCCAAGGAUAACCAUCUGAAUGAGAAGAUCUCUCUCUUCCGUGGGGAUAUCACCAAGCUAGAGGUGGAUGCGAUCGUCAAUGCUGUGAAGGAGUCAAAGAGGCAGUAUGGAUUCAGGCUGCCAGGCGCCCGGGUCAAGCAACCUGAAGAGACAGUUUACCCCAAGGAUAACCAUCUGAAUGAGAAGAUCUCUCUCUUCCGUGGGGAUAUCACCAAGCUAGAGGUGGAUGCGAUCGUCAAUGCUG